CUAUCUUUUCUCUAUUUCUUUCUUCUUCUUCAGUUGGUUCUUUAUUUUCCGGACCAAAUUUGUGGGUAUUUGAUCUCUUCGGAUUGGGACAGUGAAUCUCAGGGAAUUCCUUGGAGAUGUCUUAUAAAACUGCCCAGAUUCGUCUUGUGAGUUCACAUCCCGAGGUUUACGAGCCCUGCGAUGAUUCGUUUGCAUUAGUCGAUGCACUUUUGUCGGAUCGAAAACACUUGUUGGAGCAUAAACCGGUAUUGUGCAUGGAAUAACUCGGGAAACAAUGGAAGCGCAUGGAGUUCAUGCAGAAUUGAUAAAUACCAAUAUCAUGUCAGGGCUAGAGAGUCGUUUGGCUGGUUCGGUCGAUCUUCUUGUUGUUAAUCCACCUUAUGUGCCAACGCCCGAAGAUGAAGUUGGUCGUGAAGGGAUUGCCUCAGCAUGGGCAGGAGGAGAGAAUGGUCGAAGUGUGAUCGAUAAGAUUUUGCCUGUUGCGGACAAGCUUCUGUCGGAACGGGGUUGGUUGUACAUGGUUACUCUUACAGCAAAUAACCCGUCACAGAUAUGCCGGCAGAUGAUGAAGAAGGGUUAUGCUUCGAGAAUUGUUGUCCAACGAUCGACAGAGGAAGAGAGUUUACAUAUCAUAAAGUUCUGGAGGGAUAUUGACUUGGAGGUGGAUGCAAACAAUGGUGUGAUGAACAGCGAACCUGUUUCUCCGGGCAUUUUGCACUCUGUCCGUUCGCAGAUCCAACGUUUGUUGUUCUGGGGAGGUAGUGACAUUAACGCCGGCACCAAUUGAAUCUAUGAAAGCGAAGAGAAGUUUUUGACCAUCUGUUUUUUUUUUGUUUAUCUUGUGUGGAAACGAUAUUCGAACCCCUUAUUUGAUAGUUUGACACUGACCAAGCUAAGCUAAAUAUAAGGUUUUGAAUUCGAACUC